AAACAAAAACUUUGGCCACCGCAACACGCUUCCAAGCCUGCCUUGUGACCUUCCACCUCCACUCUAGCUCAACAUCCGCAGCCGCCAAUCGGCCAAAUCUUUUGGCCAACCCUUUGUGGCUACACUUGGAUCAAAAACCGUACAGCCACAAUGGGAUCGAAUGGCGUGCAACUCACAGGUAUUCUUAGCACAUGGGAUCUUGAGACUGCCACAGCCGCAAGUGUCCGGCGGCAUCUGGAGGAGGAUUUUCGGGUCCAUCUUUCUAAUACCAUCCAAGAACAAAUCGACAUCUUCUUUGAUGAUGGGAAAGAGGAUGAGAAUGAAGGCAAAGGUAGAAGAACAAGACCGGAGAUAUGUACGUUGUCUCCACAGCUUCAAGACUUUGUUGGAGGGGGACCCGAAAUGGCCCGUGCGGAGGCAAUGAAGAAAAUUGUGGCUUAUAUCCGGGAAAAGGGUUUGCAGAUGAAUUGUAACCAUCUCAUAUUUGCAGAUGAUAACCUAAAGUCCCUUUUUCCUGGCUGUAUUAAAUCUAUCAGUAUGUUUCAAAUACAUGACCUCCUAUCCAAGGGUUUGCAGAUGAAUUGUAAGCAUCUCAUAUUUGCAAAUGAUAAACUAAAGUCCCUUUUUCCUGGCUGUACUAAAUCUAUCUGUAUGUUUCAAAUACAUGACCUCCUAUCCAAGCAUGGUCAUCUACAACCGCUUAAAGCUGGCAAAGAUGAGCGCGGGGUGAGGAAGACGAACGAUGAAGCAAUAUGUAAAAAAUCUGAGAAUUGUGAAGGUGAUCAAGAUAGGGUGAAGAAGAAGGGGAAGAAUGUUACAGAGGAAGAUGUGAGACCGUGGGAUAAAAUGCCACAAGCUAUUCUGGUGAAAAUCUUAAAGCUAUUACCAUUUCCUGAUUGGUCAUUCCACCCCUGCUAUGUUUGCAGUUCAUGGCAAGUGGCAGUCGCCGAUGUAAUGUUUCCACCUGAAAACCGUGAGCUUAAUCUGCUAGUCCUUGAUUCAUAUCCCUGGAUAUUCAGGCAAAGGUGGUUCUUUAAAUACCUCAGGAUUGCCUUAAAUUCUCCAUCCGCCAUCUGUUGGAGAACGCUUUACUUGCCCCAGACUGCAUUCAUCAAAAAUGAUAUCCUUAGUGAGAUUGCUGAAAAGACACCGGAACUGCGUGAACUUUAUGUACCUCAAAAGUUGUGGGAAGAUGUUCUUCUUAAGUCGGUUGCACCUAAGUGGAAGAAUUUGACAAGAGGUCAUAUAUGGUUCGGCUACCACCAAGUUUUCUUAUCUCCAAGCUAAUUGCCAGUUUAUAAGUGAGCUCAGUUUAUAUGGAACGAUCAAUAAUGAUUUAGCAUCCAUGCUAGGCUAAUUUUUUCCAAAUCUCAAAUCUCUAGAGAUUGUACAAUGUCGGAACAUAUCCUAGGAAUCAUAAUGGAUGAUCACAAGAAUCUUGAGCUACUUGUUACAGAAGAAACUUCUACCGUUUUGCUGAGGCUUAGAGGAUCAUGCCGUCACAACCAGAUAAGGGAGCGAUGAACAAGCGCUAAAUCAAAAGAAGUAAUCAAACGACUGUUUUGGUUUUACCGCGUCUAAUCAUGUAUCACACUUUGAACUUGUUUAUGGUAUUCGUUGAGCUACUGCUAUGUUUCUUUUGAUUCGUUUAAGGCAGUUGACCCCAGUUAAGUGUUGUCCUCAAUAGUUUAAGUAAAAGAUUUGUUUUUGCUCUUAACUUGGACAUGCACAUCCAUUCAUUGUGGUCUGUUUUCGUUCAAAUCUAUCUAUUCCUGCAUCUCACAUAAUG